AUGAAUAAAUCAAUUAAAUUAUUUAUUUGUUUUUUUGCAACAUUAGUAUGUAUCACCAUUGCAUAUCCAACAUCAUAUUAUAUACCAAAUGUACCAUACCAUAGACAAGAAACACAAUACAACUGUGGUGAUGCAUCACUUCAAAUGGUAUUGGAAUAUUAUGGAAGAAAGAUAGACCAAUUAGAGAUAGAUGAUGUUGCACGUACAAGUAAUAAAGUUGGAACAUCGUCAUAUGAUAUCAUUAGAACACCAAGAUUUUCAGUAAUGAGUGCAUCACAAGGCACCGAUGAAAAAGAACAUGAAGUUAAACAUGGAUUUAAAGGACACCCAUUGGGUCUAUUAUCAGUCGGUUAUUCAUCAGCAAAUUUAUGGUUAGACGAAUUGAAAUCAUUGGUUGCCAAUGAUAUUCCAGUCAUUGUUUUAAUGGCAUACUUACCAACCGAUCUUGGUGGUCAUUUCAGAGUAAUCGUUGGUUAUGACGAUGAACAAGAGAUCAUCUAUUCAAAUGACCCAUGGGAUCGUGAUGGUCAACCAAGACUUUUCAAUAUGUCUUACACAGAAUUCACUCAAUUAUGGAAUUACACCGAACCACAAUCACCACGUGGUACCCCAUUCUUUGGUUCAAUUAUGUUCCCAUUAACAAUGGAAUCUUCAUCUCAACAAUUAUCUGGUACUAAUCAAACUAAAAUCACUGCCUCUUUCUCUUAUGAUAAUCCAUUCCCAAUUGAUAAUAUUAAUGCAACAUUACCAACUGGUCUUUCAGCUUUAACCUCAUUAAUUUUACCAAAUGGAGCUAUUUUAGCCCAAAAUUUACCAGAUCAACAAAGUAGUUAUGUUACACCAACUUCACAAUUAACUCAAGGUAGCUCAAAUAGUUUUUCUUGGAUUAUUGAAUGUGAAAAUACAUGUGGAGGAUAUUCUUAUCAAGUUGAAACUGAAAUUGUAAUUACUGAUUCAGUACCAUUAACUUAUUUUAGAAAUAGUUAUUCAUUCCCAACAUAUACAUAUAUGGAUAUUGUUGGUAAUACAAUUACUUCUUCAAUUUAA